AAAGCGUCAAAAAAGUGUUUCGUCCUUUAGCUUAGCAUUAUUCGAAGAGAAACAGUUUUCUUAUCUCUGGGUUUUUGUGGCCUCGCUCGUCUGCUGUUCUGUUCUUCUGACUUUUUCUCUGUUACUGUAUUUAUUUCUAAGGCCAAUCAACAUACAUGCAACCCCAAAACUAAACUUAAAUUACAAUAUUCAAUUUCUACUGCAAACUGUGUAACUCGUCGCCAAUGGAUCAACAAGGGUUACUUCGCCCUAAGAAACCCUUCAUUGCAGACGAUGAGAUCAUAGAGCUACUAUGGCAAAACGGUCAAGUUGUCACGCAGACUCAAAACAACCGCCAUAUCAACAAACCACCGCCGGUGACAAACUCUGACGACUCCACUCCCGGCGGAAGGGAGAAUCAACAUCUCUUCAUGCAAGAAGGAGAAAUGGCUUCGUGGCUUCAUUAUCCUAAUGAUGAUGAUUCUCCUUUCGAUCCAUCUUUCUGCGCCGAUUUUACCAUGAUAACUCCACAACGGAGGUCCGAGCCGGUGCCUCCGAACUUCGCAUACUUUGCGAGGCACGGUGUUAGAGCUGAACCAGAACCGUUGUCUAGAAGGGAAUCAACAAUAGUAGAUUCGUGUGACACGCCGGCUGUGAUGCUAACGGCGGUAUCGGAGACGCUAAGAAGCUCAGCUGAGCCAACGGAAGUAGAAACCGGCUUGACGGCGCCUUCAACGACGUUUGACGAACCAGAUGGUUCGAGUAGCGAUGUAGAACCGGUUCGGGAGGUAGCGGAACGGGACCGGAAGCGGAAGGGAAGGGAGGAAGAGGAAUGGAAGUAUCAAAACGAGGAUAUUGAUUUUGAAUAUGCGGAAGCCAAAAAUAAAACCAGUGGAACAUCAACAAAGAGAUCUCGUGCUGCUGAGGUCCAUAGUCUCUCAGAGAGGAGGCGCCGUGAUCGGAUUAAUGAAAAGAUGAAAGCUCUGCAAGAACUUAUACCUCGAUCUAAUAAGUCUGACAAAGCGUCUAUGCUGGAUGAGGCAAUUGAGUACUUGAAGUCACUGCAGUUACAAGUUCAGAGAAUACAUCAUAUGCAGAUGAUGUCCAUGGGAUGUGGCAUGGUACCAAUGAUGUUUCCUGGAAUCCAGCAGUGUAUGCCAUCAAUUGGAAUGGGAAUAAACAGGCCAGUAAUGCCGUUUCCCAAUAUGUUUUCUGGUUCUGUUUUGCCUGCAAAUUUUGGACCAAGGUUCACAAUACCUCCUUUCCACACGCCGCAUGUUCCUACACCUGAUUCAUUCACAAUGUCAGCAGCAAAUCUGGUAGAUAAGAACAUGCCCACAUCAGUUGGAACACAUGAUUCAAAUAAGUCAGGUAUCCCAAACGUCACUGAUCCUUAUCCACAAUACCUUGGACCUCACCAGACGCAGUUUCAGUUAAUGCAGAAUCAGACAAUGAACCAACCAAAUGCCAGCAAGUUAGAAAGCCGCCAGUCAGGUGUAGGAACAUGCGGCGUGUGGAAAGGAGGCAUUGCGAACCUUGGUCCAAAAUUUGCAAGCAAUGCAGAACCAGAAAACACAUUAGGAAACGACAUUACUGACAUGUUUAUUCCCAUUCCAAUUGGUGUCCAUAUACUGUUGUAUUUCGGGAAACAUCAUAGGUACCAUGCCACAUCCGAUGGACAUCAUCUGCAUAACUUGUACGCUAUGUUUAAGAAAUGAAACUACAUGACCAACUUAGUACUAUAGUCACAUGAUCGUUUGUAAAGAUCACAAUACAUUUAGUUGUACUCUCUGGUUAAGAAAUGAAACUACAUGACCAACUUAGUACUAUAGUCGCAUGACCGUUUGUAAAGAUCACAUAUACAUAGAGGAAUCUACCUGUACUUGUAAUUGCAGUGACUUCAAGUACUCAAUUGCCUCAUCCAGGCUGGGGGUGUUCAUUGGUUCGGGCAAAUCCGAACCAACCGGAAUCCAAGUGUUUGGUUCGGGCAUUUUUUUAGUUCGGGAGGAAAUCGAACCACACCAAUGAAAUCCGUUGUUAAUUGGUUCGGGCAUCGGAUUUUCAAAACUCUACCUGCGGACCCGUCUAUCCGAACCAACCAUAACUAAUUUGAACAGUUUAUAUCAUAAUUAUCAUGGAAAUUAGUAUAAAGUAUUCAACUUCAAGAAGAAAAAAAUGAAAUUCUAUUUGAGACAUUUAUAAUUUAUAUGGAGAAACGAAAAAAAGUUAGGAAUUUUAUAUUAUUAUUGAAAUUUAGUGGAUGUAGUUUAGAUAUUUUUUAAAAAUACUUGUACACAUUUGUUGUUAGUGUAUCCGAUCAGUCCAACCUAAACCAGCCCGUUGUUUCUCAGUUUGGUUCAGUUUGGACUUUAUUGCAAAUGUGUGCAAAUCCAAUCCAAAUCAAUCCAUAUAUUUUUGACUGGUUUGAGCAUUGAAUACUCUCAAAACCGAAUCAAACCGGUCCGUGAACACCCCUAC